CGCCCGAACCCGAGCCCGAGCCCCCGCCAGCCUGAGCCCAGAGCAUCCGCGCCUGGGGCUCCAAGCCGCGGCGAUGAUCCGAAUCUUUCCGGAUUUCAGCGUGCAGGUGACGGCCGCGGCGGCCGGCGGGGCAGCCGCUGGGGUACCGGCCGGCGCGGGCAUGGGGAGGGCCGGCGCCGCGGCCAACGGCACCCCGCAGAACGUCCAGGGCAUCACCUCCUACCAGCAGCGAAUAACUGCGCAGCAUCCUCUGCCCAACCAAUCAGAAUGUAGGAAAAUCUACAGAUAUGACGGAAUCUACUGUGAAUCUACCUACCAGAACUUACAAGCACUGAGAAAGGAGAAAUCCAGAGAUGCUGCACGCUCCCGCCGGGGAAAAGAAAACUUUGAGUUCUAUGAAUUGGCCAAGUUGUUGCCCCUCCCAGCAGCCAUCACCAGCCAACUGGACAAGGCAUCCAUCAUCCGACUCACAAUUAGCUAUCUCAAAAUGAGGGACUUUGCCAACCAAGGGGACCCUCCGUGGAACUUGCGGAUGGAAGGCCCUCCACCAAACACCUCAGUAAAAGGGAUACAAAUGUGGAAAUCUGAACUCUGCAUGAGAAAGACACCAUGCGAAGUUAUAGGUGCACAGCGAAGGCGGAGCCCCAGCGCACUAGCCAUUGAAGUAUUUGAAGCACAUCUGGGAAGCCACAUUCUGCAGUCCCUGGAUGGCUUCGUAUUUGCACUAAAUCAAGAAGGAAAAUUUUUGUACAUUUCCGAAACCGUCUCUAUCUACCUAGGCCUCUCACAAGUGGAGCUGACAGGAAGCAGCGUCUUUGACUAUGUCCACCCUGGGGACCACGUGGAGAUGGCAGAGCAGCUGGGCAUGAAGCUCCCGCCUGGGCGGGGUCUCCUCUCCCAGGGCACCACAGAGGACGCAGCCAGUUCAGCAUCUUCCUCCUCUCAGUCAGAGACCCCCGAGCCAGUGGAGACAACCAGCCCCAGUCUGCUAACCACCGACAACACCCUUGAGCGGUCCUUUUUCAUCCGAAUGAAAUCCACUCUGACCAAACGCGGAGUACACAUCAAGUCAUCAGGAUAUAAGGUGAUUCACAUAACAGGCCGACUUCGCCUCAGAGUGUCGCUGUCCCACGGGAGGACCGUCCCCAGCCAAAUCAUGGGUCUCGUGGUGGUGGCUCAUGCCUUGCCUCCCCCUACGAUCAAUGAAGUCAGAAUUGACUGCCAUAUGUUCGUCACUCGAGUAAACAUGGACCUCAAUAUCAUUUACUGUGAAAAUAGGAUUAGUGAUUACAUGGAUCUGACCCCUGUAGACAUCGUAGGGAAAAGAUGUUACCAUUUCAUCCAUGCCGAAGACGUGGAGGGCAUCAGGCACAGUCACCUGGACUUGCUGAAUAAGGGUCAAUGUGUGACGAAGUACUAUCGCUGGAUGCAGAAGAACGGAGGCUACAUCUGGAUACAGUCUAGUGCCACCAUAGCAAUUAACGCUAAGAACGCAAACGAGAAGAACAUCAUCUGGGUGAAUUAUCUUCUUAGUAAUCCUGAGUACAAGGACACGCCCAUGGACAUUGCGCAGCUCCCGCAUUUGCCAGAGAAAACUUCAGAAUCCUCUGAGACAUCGGACUCUGAAUCAGACUCUAAAGACACCUCAGGUAUAACAGAGGACAACGAGAACUCCAAGUCCGACGAGAAGGGCAAUCAGUCGGAGAACAGCGAGGAUCCGGAACCCGACCGCAAGAAGUCGGGCAGCGCGUGCGACAACGACAUGAACUGCAACGACGACGGCCACAGCUCCAGCAACCCGGACAGCCGCGACAGCGACGACAGCUUCGAGCACUCGGACUUUGAGCACCCCAAGGCGGCCGAGGAUGGCUUCGGCGCGCUGGGCCCCAUGCAGAUCAAGGUGGAGCGCUACGUGGAGAGCGAGGCGGACCUGCGGCUGCAGCCCUGCGAGUCGCUCACGUCGGACAGCGCCAAGGACUCGGACAGCGCGGGCGAGGCGGGCGCGCAGGCCUCCAGCAAGCACCAGAAGCGCAAGCGGCGGCGGAAAAGGCAGAAGGGGGGCAGCGCCAGUCGCCGGCGCCUGUCCAGCGCGUCCAGCCCGGGCCUGGACGCCGGCCUGGUGGAGCCACCGCGGCUGCUGUCAUCACCGCACAGCGCCUCGGUGCUCAAGAUCAAGACGGAGAUCGCCGAGCCCAUCAACUUCGACAACGACAGCAGCAUCUGGAACUACCCGCCCAACCGGGAGAUCUCCAGGAAUGAGUCCCCGUAUAGCAUGACCAAACCCCCCAACUCUGAGCACUUCCCGUCCCCGCAGGGCCAGGGGGGAGGUGGCGGCGGCGGCGGCGGCGGCGGCGGUGGGGGAGCAUUGCACGUGGCCAUCCCCGAUUCCGUCCUCACCCCACCGGGCGCCGAUGGCGCGGCCGGCCGCAAGACUCAGUUCAGCGGCACGGCCCCAGUGGCCUCCGACCCGCUGUCGCCCCCGCUCUCCGCAUCCCCGCGGGACAAGCAUCCCGGGGGCGGGGCGGGGGGCGGCGGCGGGGGUGGCCCUGGUGCGUCCAACUCCUUGCUGUACACUGGGGACCUGGAGGCCCUGCAGAGGUUGCAAGCAGGCAACGUCGUGCUUCCGCUUGUGCACCGGGUGACAGGGACCCUGGCGGCCACCAGCACGGCCGCGCAGAGGGUCUACACCACGGGCACCAUCCGCUACGCCCCUGCUGAGGUGACCCUGGCCAUGCAGGGCAACCUGCUACCCAACGCGCAUGCUGUUAACUUCGUGGAUGUUAACAGCCCUGGCUUCGGCCUCGACCCCAAGACGCCCAUGGAGAUGCUCUACCACCACGUGCACCGGCUCAACAUGUCAGGACCAUUUGGCGGCGCCGUGAGCGCGGCCAGCCUCACACAGAUGCCUGGUGGCAAUGUGUUCACCACGGCUGAGGGACUCUUCUCCACGCUGCCCUUCCCGGUCUACAGCAACGGCAUCCAUGCGGCACAGACUCUGGAGCGCAAGGAGGACUGAGCAGGGGUCCCACUCGGAGGCAUCGUCGGAGUUUUUGUUUAGACCUUUCAUUCUAGCACUUUGAAUUCGAGCAGGUCAGCGUCUUCUCACAACAUGGCGGCCCCCUUCCACCCCCCUCUUUCUUUCAUUGGACUUAUUCUUUCUUGUAAAGACGUGUUUAUUUUUUGCCUUCAGAGGGUCAGAUGACCAGUUGCCUGCCAUUUUGUCUUCUAAGAUGUGUGUUGGGUUGUUUGGCUUUCCUUUACAUCUUUAUUAAGAUGUCUUUAAUGUGUAUAUGCCUCUGCCAUAGAAUACUCAGUCUUGUGGUCAAGAGAUUUCUCAAGUGACAACCAUUGGGUUUUCUCCCUAAAGAUCUUGAUAUGAUCAAGAUGAAAGAGACAAGCAUAAAUGCAUAAAUGAUUGUGCCCUGUUUGACUAAGUCAAAUGAAAUGGGGUGGGUGGUUUUUGGUUUUCCUGUCCCUAAUUCCUUUGAAAAUAGGGGAAUAGUAUUUUAGAAUUUUAUGCAGAAUUUAAUUCUUUUUAUGAUUAAGAUUUUAAGAUUUUCUUACUUGCACAUAAAAAUAAUUUGGGUUCUUAAACUUAAUUUCUGGCCUGUGACUAGAAUGUUUAAAAAAAAAAAGAAGUUGAACUAAGUGAUAAUUACUGAAACAUUAACUUAAUUUCUAAAACCAUGGUGCUAUCAUUUAUUAACCUGUAAUGUCUUCAUACAAAAUGCAGCUCCCAGGCUGGGUUUUGGAAAAGAAACUGUGUCUUGUCCUGGUCUGGAGCCCGGUUGCUACAGUCUCCUUGGUUAGUUUAGACAAAGCCCUCAUUAACAUUUGCUGCAGGACUUCCAUUUACCUCCCAACUAACAAACACAGCCUCACUUUCCAUUUAAUGGGUCCGUAAAGGCCUGUUAAAGGGGGGCUUCUGGACAGCUCGGACUGAUUUGAGGGGCAGUUUAAGUACAUACUGCCUUUUGUUGAGCUUCUUUUUAAUCCUUACUCAGUCUAACUGAGGCUGAUUCCGCAACUUCAGUAACAUUUCAGAAGAAAAGGAGGAAAAGGAGAAAUAGUUAACAUUUUUUGUUUUGUUUU